GCAUUUACUGAUGGAUUUUAUAACUCUCCUAAAGCUGUUUUAAAUACUGAAACUUAUAUAGAAAUGCCUUAUAAUAUUUGUAUUUCUUAUAAAUGUAUUUACAAAACUUUAAAUCAGCGAAAAGAAUAUAUAGUAGCUAAUGGGUUUUCCAAAAAGGCAAUUCAAAUAGAACUGGAUGCAGGACCAUUUGUACUACAAGAAUUAAAUGAUUUUAUGAAAGAUUUUAUAACUAAACAUGUACCAAGACCUAAUCAAGAAUUACUUCAAAAGAGUUUUAGAAAAAUAUUGUCAGCUACGUCUUAUAAUAUACAAGACUAUGAUAGUAGAUCUGAUGAUUCUGAUUCUUCUGACUCAAAUUAUGAUGAUAAAAAGUCAUAUUUGUAA